AUACUUUCUUAAUUAUUUUGAUUGCUUAUGUUGUGGAGUAUUUUAAUAAGCAUAUCUGCAGAUACACAGUGUGUGAAGCUGUGAGAGAAAAAAAGUCAGACAGGAUGGCAGACGACAAGAAAUUUCUUAACGGAGAGGAACCAAAAACCACGGAAUCGAAAACAGCGCAAGACGAUGUAGUUCAUGAUAAUGAUUUGCGCAUGGGCAUACGAUCGUGGAGACCUGAUUGGUUACAACGGUUUAACCACGUGAAUUAUUUUUUAGCAGUCUUAGCGGUCGCAUCAGUGGCUCAAGGUAUUAUCGUGAACGGCGUUGUCAUGGUAUCUUUACAAACAAUAGAAAAGGAAUUUGGCUUUUCAAGUAAAGUUUCUGGAUUUAUAGUGGCGGGAAAUGACGCCUCUGCCCUUUUGAUUGUGACGUUGGUUAGUUUCUUUGGAGAGCGUGGCAACAAACCAAAAUGGAUGAGUGUGGGAGCAAUAGUCACCGGUUGUGGUGUGUUAUUAUUUGCACUUCCAAAGCUUCUCAUCGGUGACUACAAACCAACAGGCUACAAUGAAAUUGAUGUUUGCUCCGCCAAUAAAUCAAUGUCAUUGCUGGAGAAAAAAUGUGUCACAGAAGCAAGUAGUAUCCUGUACAUAGCUAUCUUUUUUGUCGCUCAGUUAAUAAUGGGAGCUGGGACAACUCCUUUGUACACUUUGGGACCAACUUAUCUUGAUGAGAAUGUUUCUCCACGUGCUUCACCUGUCUAUCUUGGUAUAUGGUUUGCUAGUACCAUGAUGGGACCUGGUCUGGGUUUUGUUAUCGGAGGUUCAUUUUUAAGAACUUUCACUAACAUAGAUGAGCCCGAAGGUUUAAAUCUUACCAUAAGAGACCCACGUUGGAUAGGAGCUUGGUGGCUAGGUUUUGUAUCCCUUUUUGGUAUGUUUAUAAUUACUGGGUUCCUGCUGGUUCUGUUUCCAAGGAAAAUGAAAAACGGAAGAUUUAAGCGCGAAAAAUCCAUUCAAAAUGGCCAUAUGCCAUCCUCAGACGAGCAGGUUAAUUAUACAAUCAAAGGAUAUGUCAAAGAAUGUUUCAAAAUUUGCUUUAACAAGGUGUUCAUGUUGUCUGUUUUUGGAAUUACUGUGAAAACCUUAUACGCAGUUGGCUUGGUAGCUUUCUUGGCUAAAAUUCUCGUUCUAAAGUUUGGAGUUCCUCAAGAGAAAGCUGGUAUUUGGCUCGGCGUAAUAUUGUUGCCAGCAAUGAUAAUCGGCAUAAUAACUGGUUCACUGAUGAUGAGGAAACUCAAAGUGCAAGUUGCUGCUAAGACUGCGGCGAAGAUCUGCGUCAUCAUCUCAAUGUUGACAGCUUUUAAUUCUUUCUCUUUUCUUAUACCUGGAUGCAGUAACACAAAUGUGGCUGGGGUGAUGGUUCCUUAUCAUAACAGCACUGGUACAGACUCGCUUCAUUCAACAUGCAACAAAAAAUGUUUAUGCACUGAGAAGGACUACAAACCUAUUUGCGGAUCUGACGGAAUUACAUAUCACUCACCAUGUUUAGCUGGCUGUACAGUUAUGCUGAUUGGUGAAGACAAGCUUCCAUAUUUUGGAAACUGCUCCUGCAUCACACCCCAACUUAAAUCCAGGUCAACUAAUAAGACUGUAUUCAUGGCUCCCAUUAACCCAAACUUGAUGCGCGACACCUCAACCAAUCGAACCGAUCGAAUGAGUCCAAAGGAUGUAAUGAAAAUGAUGAUGAUAAAAAUGGACCAAUCUUUAGUUAAUCGAGCAACAUUUGGGAAGUGUGACCGUGGAUGUAAAAAUUUCUUCCUCUUUGUUGUUAUUAUAUGUGUGGCAAUAAUAAUAUCAUUCCUUUCUGGAACUCCUCAUAAAAUUAUGGUGCUCAGGUGUGUUCCAGACAAUCAACGGUCGUUUGCACUAGGAGCACAAUUCUUGAUUAUGCGAAGCUUUAGUUUCAUGCCAGGUCCAAUAUUGUUAGGAGCCAUAUUGGAUUCGAAGUGUAUCACGUGGGGUUAUAAUGCAUGCGGAGAGAAGAAGAAUUGUUUGGAUUAUGACAUAGAUGCGCUUUCAGUUAACCUAGUACUUUUAGGAUGCAUCACGUCAGUUAUCGCUACAGUAUUAUACAUUCUGGCGUGGUGGUUUUAUCCUGUGGUUGACACUCCAUUGUUGCUUGUGAAGGACGAUGAAAAUCACAACUUAUAACUUAAAGACUUCACACGCAUCACCUUGAACAGUUUUUGUCAAUUUUUAUGACUCACCCGCAGUUACAAAAGUCUCCAGCUCGCUUGCUGAAAGUCACAAUCUUAUCCGCUCAGAACUAUAGCUGUUGAGAGAUUUGCCAAGGUUAAUCUACACCAAGCUUCUAAAUAUGUUAUUUUGAAAUCCUAUGUUAAAUUGUAUUUUUAAUAUCGUACGACAAACCUUACUGCAUCCUA